AUGUCGGGCACAGAAAGCGCACAGGCAAAUGCAGGAGGCUUCGACCUCCUCCGGCGAGCUACACAGGCCAUGAUGUCAAGCACGGGCUUGCUGCUGUUCUCGCUACACGCCGGGUAUUACUGGGUCAUCUCCUGCGCUGGAAGUACCUGCCCUCUCGUCGUUGCCAGUCGCCUCAACCCACCGUCCAUGAAGUACUUGGACCAGGAUGCACUGGAAGCCAGAUCCCUGAGACACACAUGA